CCCCCCCCCCCCUCCACCCCAUGUGUUGUGUGAACCAACUGCGCUAAGAGCCCCACUUGCAAAGAAGGAGACGCGGCACAAGGCAGCGAGCAGCGGCGGCGGCAACAGCGGCGGCAGCCGGAGGAGGAGAAGCAGCAGCAAAAUAAAGAAAAGGGGGGGAAAAAAGAGAGAGAGAGAAAGAAGCAGCGGAAAGAAAGAGAGAAAAAAAAAAGCGAAGCCGAGCUCGGUUGAUGUUUCCACAACCUGGACUUCAAAAAACUACAGCGAACCCCUCCGCUUUCUGCGCCGAGAAAAGUCUUUUUAGUGGUGCAAUUUUUUUUUUUCCUUUGCAAGCCUUGUGUGUAAUCUUUAACCUUUUCUCCGUUCUUAUUUUGAUGGCUUUCCUGAAUGGCUGACUGUGAGCUUCCCUGGACCUGGCCCCCCGACACUCGCCUCUCCUCCUUCAACUCCUCUGCAGCAGAUCAGCUUUAAGAGAGAGAGAGAGGGAGAUCUUCGAAGAGAUUUUUUCCUCUCUCUCUCUCUCUCUCCCCCCUACCCCUACCACCCCCUUACUUUUCUGUCUUUAAGCCAGACAAUCGACUCGCAAUCUGCCCCCCCCCAACACCCCUCGUCCUCCGCCUUCGCUGGCAUUUUUUUCUGUCCCCCCCAACCCCCCUUUUCUCCUUUUUUAAGGGGAAAAAAAGAGAGAAACUGCUGCAAAGCUGAUCUGAAAGCAAAGCAAACAAACUUUAAAAAUAAAGGGGGAACAGGAAGUUUGGAAACGGUGUCCAAUAGAUAUGGCAAUGGUAGUUGGUGCGUGGCGAGACCCCCAGGACGAUGUACCCGGAGCUCAGGGAACUCAGCCUGCUCAAGCCCCUCCAGUGCAAGGACCACCAGCUGGGGCCCCUCACACACCACAAACCCCGGGACAAGGAGGGCCCCCCAGCACUCCAGCCCAGACCAACCAGCCAAGCCAGCAGAGCCAAGGAGGAGACAAGCAGCAACAGCAGCAGCACAUUGAAUGUGUGGUUUGUGGGGACAAGUCUAGUGGCAAACAUUAUGGCCAAUUUACCUGCGAGGGUUGCAAGAGUUUCUUCAAGCGGAGUGUCAGGAGGAACCUGAGCUAUACUUGUCGUGCCAACAGGAACUGUCCCAUUGACCAGCACCACCGCAAUCAGUGUCAGUACUGCCGGCUCAAAAAAUGCCUCAAAGUUGGCAUGAGACGGGAAGUUUCUUCUUUAUUUACUGCAGCCGUCCAGAGGGGCAGAAUGCCACCCACACAGCCAACUCAUGGUCAGUUCGCCUUGACAAAUGGGGACCCUCUCAACUGCCAUUCCUACCUAUCCGGAUAUAUCUCCCUUCUUCUGCGAGCAGAACCUUACCCAACCUCCCGCUUUGGCAGUCAAUGCAUGCAACCCAACAACAUCAUGGGCAUCGAGAACAUUUGUGAACUGGCAGCCAGGAUGCUCUUCAGUGCGGUGGAGUGGGCCAGGAAUAUCCCCUUCUUCCCAGACCUCCAGAUCACAGACCAGGUGGCCCUCCUCAGGCUGACCUGGAGCGAGUUAUUUGUGCUCAACGCUGCCCAGUGCUCCAUGCCCCUCCACGUUGCUCCUCUCCUGGCCGCUGCUGGUCUCCACGCUUCGCCGAUGUCUGCUGACCGAGUGGUCGCCUUUAUGGACCACAUACGAAUCUUCCAAGAGCAAGUAGAAAAACUGAAAGCAUUGCAUGUCGACUCUGCAGAAUAUAGCUGUUUAAAGGCCAUAGUCCUCUUCACCUCAGAUGCCUGUGGUCUCUCUGAUGUAGCCCAUGUUGAAAGUUUACAGGAGAAGUCACAGUGUGCUUUGGAAGAAUAUGUUAGGAGCCAGUACCCCAACCAACCAACGCGAUUCGGGAAGUUAUUACUACGUCUUCCCUCACUGCGCACUGUCUCAUCUUCUGUCAUAGAGCAAUUGUUUUUCGUCCGUUUGGUAGGUAAAACCCCAAUAGAAACCCUAAUCAGGGAUAUGUUACUGUCUGGCAGCAGUUUUAACUGGCCUUAUAUGUCCAUUCAAUAAAAUAUUGGAGAAAAAAAUUAAAAUAUAUAUAUUGAGAAGGGAGAUGAAAGAGAGGGAAAGGAAAGCAAAUGACAUUUGGGUUCUGGUGGUUGCUUAUAUUUCCUUCUGCUAAGGAUGUAAAAGGAUGUUACAAGUUUGCUAAAAGAAGACAGGAAAAAAAUAAUGGACUGUGAAUUAAAAAAAAAAAAGACUCUCAAAUGAACUUUUACAGAAUGCAUUAAAAACUCCCGUGUCAUUAAGAGAAAAAAACUUGCUACUUAUCAUUUCUUUUGUUUAAAAAAUAAAGGGAAAAGAAAAGUAAAAGAAAAAA